AUGGAAUAUUUAUCCGUAAUCAUAUUACUUGUUUUGGCAUCGAGUAUUAAUUGUUCUCCGCAUCGAAAAUGGGAAUGUGGUGAAGACUGUAUGAGGUCAUCUAAGAGGCAAACCAUACAACUAGAAGAGUUUGGUACAGAGAAUGUUGUAAAAUUUUACCUUUACAAUAGAAACAUUAUUGAUGGAUCUGAUGGUUAUUCAGUAUUCGACUCCGCGAGCUUUGAAACGGUAUUUAACAAGUUCGAUGCCAAAAAUGAGACUAAAAUUAUUAUUCAUGGAUGGAUGGAUAACCUAAACAGCAAUAUAAAUGUUUUGUUAAAAGGCAAUUACUUAGCAAACUAUAGUUACAACAUAAUCAUAGCAGACUGGUCCGGAGCUGGAUCCAUGAAUCCUGUCUACCCGGCAGCGAGGAGUAUGGUACCCAUUGUAGCAAACCAGGUCGCCAUGUUAAUUGACAGUCUGUAUGUUCAGUUCCAUCUGAAACCUGAGAAUCUCCAUCUCAUAGGUCAUAGUCUGGGAGCACACAUUGCAGGGGUCACUGGUCAAAAGAUUCAAAGUGGAAAUAUUGGCAGAGUAACAGGAUUAGACCCAGCUGGCCCUCUGUUUAAAGUUGACAAACCUGAAGAGAGGAUCAGUAACAGCUCAGCCCUGUUUGUUGAUGUAAUCCACACGAGCGGUCUAUUACUCGGGACGACCUACCAAAUGGGGCACGCAGACUUCUUUCCCAAUGGUGGGAACUGGAUGCAGCCAGGUUGCUGGGUAGACGUAAACGGAGGAUGCAGUCAUGCCAGGUCAUAUCUUUACUUUGCUGAAAGCAUCAAUUACCCAUUUGGUUAUCAAUCAACACCGUGUUCUGAUUGGAAGGAUUAUGUAGAAAACAAAUGUGAGGACGAAGAAACAAUAACAAUGGGAGCUUUUGCACCAAAAUUAGCGAGAGGUUCAUACUAUCUGAAGACGAACAGCGAACCACCAUUCUUUGAACUAUGA